GUUCCUGCGGCGGCGGCGGCGAGUUCUAGGCGCGUGCUGCGACUCCGGGUUCGGCAUGAGCGUCCUCUUGAGGGCCCGCGCGAGGCCGCUACCUCUAGCCCUGCGCGCGGUUAUUCCUUUCUUUUGGAAAGUGAAGUGCUUCAGCUCAGGAAAGAAGUCAACUGAAAACAAAACUAUUACUCCUAUGCUGCGGCACCUCACAUACAAAAUAAAGGCGACUGGCCCCAUUACAGUGGCUGAAUACAUGAAGGAAGUCUUGACUAACCCAGCCAAGGGCUACUAUGUACAUCAAGAUAUGAUAGGAGAAAGAGGAGACUUUAUUACUUCACCUGAAAUAAGUCAGAUCUUUGGAGAGUUACUAGGGAUUUGGUAUAUUAGUGAAUGGAUAGCUACUGGAAAAAGUUCAACUUUUCAGCUGGUGGAACUGGGCCCAGGUAGGGGCACUCUUACUGGUGAUAUUUUGAGGGUCUUCAGUCAGCUUGGGUCAGUGCUGAAAAACUGCGACAUUUCUAUACAUUUGGUGGAAGUAAGUCAAAAAUUAAGUGAAAUUCAAGCUCAGACACUGACUGAUGAGACAAUUGCCCUAAAGCAUGAUGCUGAAUCACCAGUAUAUAUGAAAGGUAUCACUAAGUCUGGAAUUCCCAUUUCCUGGUACCGGAAUCUACAAGAUGUGCCACAAGGUUAUAGCUUUUAUUUAGCACAUGAAUUUUUUGAUGCUCUUCCAGUGCAUAAGUUUCAGAAAACUCCACAAGGAUGGCGAGAAGUGUUUAUUGAUAUAGAUCCACAAGAUUCUGAUAAACUAAGAUUUGUUUUGGCUCCUUCUUCCACCCCAGCAGAAACUUUUAUUCAGUCCAAGGAAACAAGAGAUCAUGUGGAAGUAUGUCCUGAAGCCGGUGUUAUUAUUCAACUGCUUUCUGGACGUAUUGAAGAAAAUGGGGGUGCUGCUCUGAUUGCUGAUUAUGGACAUGAUGGGACAAAGAUGGACACUUUCAGAGGCUUUUGUGGUCACAAGCUUCAUGACGUCUUAAUUGCUCCAGGAACAGCCGACCUAACUGCAGAUGUGGACUUCAGCUACCUGCGUAAGAUGACUCAGGGGAGAGUGGCCUCUGUGGGACCCAUACAGCAGCAGCACUUUUUAAAAAACAUGGGCAUUGAUGUUCGAUUAAAGGUUCUUUUGGACAAUUCAAAUGACACUGCUACACGGCAACAACUAAUUCAUGGUUAUGAUAUGCUAAUGAAUCCCAAGAAGAUGGGAGAACGAUUUAAUUUUUUUGCUUUACUACCUCAUCAGAGACUUUCUAGCGGAAACACCAAUCAAAAAUCAUUACCCUCACCUGUAGCUGGCUUUGGGGAACUCACUUGGAAGUGAAACUUCAGUUUGGAUUCUUCUCUGUGUACUCACCUCCCCCAAAUACCUCCUUUCUCAUUUUGAGUUCCUCCCACAAAUAAAAACAAACUAAAGAAAUUUCACUUUCAACUUUGUGUACUAGAAGUAAAUUAUUUCAAAAUGCAUCAUCUUACUAUCUGUAAAUAAAAAUUAUGAUGGCUUGCUUUUGAAAUGGUCAUUACGAAAUUUUAAAGUUUUAUAUGGAUUUUUGGAUAUGAAGAAUGUGUUUGAUUUAGCAGUGAAUUUAAUAUGAAAAUGGAAAUUUCCUUUCAUUAAUAAAAUUAGUUGAUGAAUUCAA